UCAGUCCCAAUCAGAGCUGGAAUCCCAGAAUGCUUUAGUUCUACAGCUGAGGACAUACAUAGGUGAACUUGUUCCGGAUAAUCGACAAGUAGAGGAGCAGAAGAGGGAAAAAACUGAGCUGAAGAAUACAAUACAGCUCCUGGAGAAAGAGCGAGAUGCUCUGCAGACUUCUAUGUCGCUCCUGCAGACCCGGCUGUCAUCACUGACGCACAUUUUAUCUCUCCAGGAAAGUGACCUCUGUAAAAAAGCAGAUAAACACUUGGAUGGGCAGAAGACACAGCAGCUGCUUAAGCUUUGGAGGGAGAAGGUGUUCAGUUUAAUGGUUCAGCUGAAGUCCGAAGAUAUCAACAAGGAGAAUGAUAAUAGGAAGAUACAGGAGAAGAUCUACUCUCUGGAAAAUUCUGUGCGUGAGAGCAACCAGCAGCUGGCCCUGUACUCGCAUGCCAUGCAGGACCGCACAGCGGAGCUAGAGAUGGAGAGGGUCCGGAACAAAUGUUUAGAGGACAAGCUGACCGCCACACAAACUUCAGCCGCCUCUCUAUCCAGCCGAGCAGAAAAAGCUGAACAAACUGUGCUACAACUAAAGCAAAUGAUAGACAGUUUUGUGCAGGCUUUCUACACCCAAGAAAACUCCUUCCGUGGAACCUUGCAACGACUGGUGACCCUGGGACAGAGGGUCACAUUUGCUACCAAGAGAGUGGACACCAUACAGGGUUUGGUGGCCCAGAGACUGGCCCUGGUAAAGCUGAGACCAGAAGAACAGCCCAGUAACACGGUGACAGAUGACAUAUGUCGUCCUUCCUAUGAGGAUUUAGUAGUUGAAGUGAAUCUCCUGAAUGAAGAAAGAGACCGUCUGAGUGCAGAGCUGAAGCGCAGCGCUCUGAUCAUCGAGGGAAGGGUGACAGAGACCAGAGAGAAAUUGGAAGCAGAACUUGAGGCCUAUCAUCACACGGCAUCCCUCCUGCGCUCUUCACUCCAUGAGACAGAAGAGAGAGAGCGCACCCUUAGAGAACAAGUCGUUGAUCUGGAGAAGAGACUCCAGGAAGCUUGUGAGACCGCGACACAAGUGCAGGAGCAACUGCGGGAUCAGAAGGCGGAGUAUGAGAAAGAGUUACAGGACAAAGUGAGAGCCCUAGAGGAGAAGACAGCACAGCAGCUGGCUCAGAUGGAGAAGCAUCUGCAUGACGCCAGAAGAGAACACACUAAAGCAGUUGUGGCUUUAAGACAAAGCGAGCGCCAGAUGCAGCGAGAAAAGGCGCGGAACCAGGAAACUAUAAGUACUAUAGAAGAUGCAGCUCGAGUACGAGAGGAACAACUGACCCGACAACUCUGUGACGCUGAGCGGGAUAAAAACCUAAUGACAGUGAGUUCAUUGUAUAUGUCUGUCUGUGGCAACUCUACGGCAGGAAGGGCUAUUUGCCUCCUAUCAGAAAACCCGGAUGACCGCUGUCCAGUCCUUAAAUACUGCCAAAGAGAAGGUGGAGAGACCAGCAGAGGACACCAGAACCGGUUGUACUCCUGGGCUUAAAGAAUCGAUAUCCAGCAUGCUCGCCAAUCUGCAAAGCCUUGGAGCCACUGUACUAGCGGAUGAGGAAGAUGAUGAUGAUGAUGACGACUAGAUGCCAAUCACAGUCAUUAACACACCAGAAGAAUUUGCUGUCUACAAACCUGGGGUGGAAAAUGUUUCGUGUUUAAAUUGGGGAUGAAUCCUGCAGAUUUAGGGUAGGGUCGCACACAGCGCAUACACAUCAUAUUCAACGCUGCAAGAAAUCUUUUGCGCAGCGGGAAAUACACAUGUACUAGGAGCAGACGCACAAGGCUUUUCCCUGUGUGUAGUAAAGUUUGGGACCGGCCCAGUGCUGUGAUGUAACUGACAUGCGGUCUGCCUCCGAACCUCACAGCACUCACAAGGCUGCGGCGGGAAUGCCCCGUGUGUCUGAAUCUAGCACAUACACAGAUUAUUCCCUGCUGCCUGGCAGAUUUCUCGCAGCGUCAAAUACGCAGAGUAUGCUUUGUGUGUGACUCUACCCUUAGUGAGGUAGUAGCUCAUCACACAACCAUUGUAACCUCUGGGAAGGACUACACACGAUAGUGCCUGAGCUAUGAUAAUGGAUUACCAAUUUAUGUCAUCAUAAUGAAUGGCUUUUGUAUGAAAAACCAUGUAAAUAAAUAUUUAUUUUAAUAAAGAUUGUGAGAUUUACCAAACUUAC